AGUUAGAAUUGCGAAAUGUAAACUUGCCAUUGUGAGAAAAAAAGUCAAAAUUGUGAGAUUUUGUGGCACCGAUAGCAUCGUGGGCAGUGCGCAGAUAUAUGGCGCAGUUGCACUUUGGGUGUCCCGAGUUCGAAUCCUGCCUAGUGGACCUUCCCCAAUCCCAUCCUUCUCUCUCUCUCACUCGCUUCCUGUCAGAUCUCUGACUGUCCUUUCAAAAAAAAAAACAUUGCGAGAUUUCAACAUGCAAUUGUGAGAAAAGGUUCAGAAUUGCAUGAUUCCCCCCUCAGAAUUGGACUUUAUAACUCGCAAUUGACUUUUCUCCGAAUUGUGAGAUAUAAGCUAGCAAUUGUGAGAAAAAAAAAAGAUUUGUAUGUUUAAAGACAUUAUAUCUCGCAAUUGAGUUUAUAUCACACAAUUCUGACUUUAUAACUCACAAUUGCACAUUUGUUUUUAUAUUAUAUAUAAAGUCAGAAUUGUGAGAUGUAAACUUGUAACAGCGAGGAAAAAGUCGCAAUUACCUUGUUUUAUUUUUUAUUCAGUGACGGAAACGGGCUUCCAUAGUUCUUCAACAUUAUAUUUAAAGUUAAUAUAUUUAAGACGUACUAAAUUGCAACUUUGUCAUUACAAAUGUAGAAUUAAUAAUAUAUUUAAAUACAUGACAUACAAGUUUCAUUAAAAUUAUGUUAAAGUGCAUUUUAGUUUAGAAUAAAUUCUAUAAAAAAAAUUUGGCAGUACACUUUAACUAUAUUUCUAAGACAAUAGAAGUAAUUAUAAGUAAGGAAUAAGUCCAACUCUUGUGGUCUCAAAAAGUACUCUAAAGUUUAGCUAAUUGCAUUUAAUAUGAAUUUAAAAUAUAAUUCAUUUUCAAUUAACAUGCAAUUAAGAGCCUGAAAAUAUUAAAUUAAGUUUGCACUUAAGUGUAUUCUGUUGAAGUGUAUUAUUUCCAUAAUAAGCAUUCUUCUUAAAAGUAUACAUAUUUUUAAAGGGGUCAUCGGAUGCCCAUUUUCCACAAGUUGAUAUGAUUCUUGUGAGUCUAUAACAUACUUUGGUUAAAAUGUCUCAAUGGUAGUGUAAAAAACACCUUUUCCCCCUGUCAAAGUCAGCUCUGAUUUCAGCAAGCCGUUUUUUAGUCCAUGUUGCUUUAAAUGCUAAUGACUCUGCUGACCCCGCCCCUCUCUUCCGUGGGGUGAUGAGCAGACUGUAAACUUCAGCCGCAAAACUGGCUAACUAGCACAUUAUUAGGAAAUGCAAUUUGCAAAGAUUCAUAAAAAACCCUAAUACUCACUUCUUCUGUAGAUGAAGCUGGAUCACGAUUGAUUCAUACGAACAUAGACGCAUUUAGGCAGAUCGGAGAUCGGCGCAUUCCCUUCAAAACGAAAGUAACGUUAAUCCUCUGCGUCUUCAGCGGCUCAGAUGUCUCGACUCAAUGACGGACAGGUCUCAGCUCACUCAGGGUGGGUCUAAGGUAAGACGGCCUUGUCAAUCAUCUAUUGUGGGAGUGGCCUGUACAGAACUACGUCAUUCUGACAGAAAUCUCAGAACAGCCUGAUUUGAGAAAGGGAUUUUUAAAAUAGGAAUUUAAAAAAAAAACACUGGGUGGAUUUUUAUCAUUAUAGGAUGAAUGUGAACACACACUUCCAACACACAUUUAUGUUCAAACAACUUGUAAAGUGAAUUUUGCAUCCGAUGACCCCUUUAAGAAAAAAAUGACUAUAUUCUAUGUAUUCAUACAGUGCACUUUAUUAGUCUUCUGAAGCCCCACUGUCAUAGUUAAAAUAUCAAUUUUCAUUGAAUUUAAAAUGACAUUUCCUAUUCCAUGGAAGGAACUUAGUUAUAUUGAUUUGGAACAUCAUGACUAAAUAUAUAUAGAUGAAAUUUUCAAUUUUGGUUGAGCUAUUUACAAUGAGUGUAAAGAACCUAAAUAUCACAUUCGCAAUAUACAAUUCAGAAAUCUAUAUCUGACCGUCUUUGACAGCUCAGGUUUUCUUACAGGAGGCUGCUGAGGAGAAGGUUGAGGUCACACACAGAAUUGACUCUGCCAUUCUCUCAAACAGGAGCAUGUGACCUCAUGAAAUAGAGCUCCGUGGAGUCACACACACACACACACACACACACACAGCUGAAUCAGAGUCAAUGAGCCAAUUAUUAUGCACUGGCAGUGGGAGCUUUCCGGGUUUGUUCUGAGCUAAGAUCGUGCCUGUGCAUUUUAAUGAUGUGUUUAACGAGUGUUAGCAUUAGUAUGUUUGUGAGCUUGUGUGUGUAUGUUCUCAACGAUUGCAAGGAAAUUUAUCGAGCUUGUGAACAGAAGUGCACCUUUAUGUAUGCUGCUGUGCUUUUGCAAUAUUAAGCUGUCACACAAUUUAUUCAGUAAGGCCUUUCAAUAGGCUAUUUGCAAUAAUAAAUUUAGCAGGAAACAGCAAUUGUCAGCUAUGCAAAUCUUUACAUGAUAUAUUACCGUAUGGUCACUGAAUUCCAUAAUAAAUCAAAGAACCUUAUGACUCAUGUUUAAAGCCUGAUUGGCCAGAUUUACUUAACAGGGCAAAUUAUCAUUCUCAUAAAUGCGCAGAUGGGAGUGAAAAGUUUUAUUAUUGAUCUACUGACAAUGCACAAAUUAAAGAACAUCACUAAUGUUUGACUGCUUUUUUUUUUUUUACUGCCAAAAGAGGGUUUGCACUGGCGCAAGCUGUCAGUAAAUCUGGCCCAUGCAAGCUUAUGAAAUUCACACAUUGUUGAUUCAUUAAUGACUCUCCUUUGUCCUCAGUUUUGGAGUCUUUGUGGGAACGCUCUGACACCUAAGCGUGGCGUGUUUGGGAAGACUGGAGACCUUCAGACUAUCCUCUGUCUGGCCUGUGCGAGAGACGAGAUCACAUAUUCAGGUGCCUUGAACGGAGACAUCUAUGUCUGGAAGGGAAUCAAUUUAAUCCGGACAGUUCAAGGGGCUCACGGGUCUGGUAUUUUCAGCAUGAAUGCAUGUGAAGAAGGCUUUGCCACGGGAGGCAGGGAUGGGUGCAUCCGGUUAUGGGACCUGAACUUCAAACCCAUCACCGUCAUUGACCUCAGGGAAACAGACCAGGGAUAUAAGGUAGCUAGAGGUGAAAAUUCAAGAGGCCUGUCAGUGCGUAGCGUGUGCUGGAGAGGGGAUCACAUUCUGGUGGGCACGCAGGACAGUGAGAUUUUUGAGGUGGUGGUGCACGAUCGCACCAAGCCCUUCCUCAUCAUGCAGGGUCACUGUGAGGGUGAGCUGUGGGCCUUGGCGGUUCAUCCUACCAAACCUCUCGCCAUGACCGGCAGCGACGACCGCUCUGUUCGGAUCUGGAGUCUCGUAGAUCAUGCGCUAAUAGCACGCUGCAACAUGGAGGAGCCUAUACGCUGUGCUGCUGUUAGUACGGACGGAAUCCACCUCGCUCUGGGCAUGAAAGACGGAUCCUUCACAGUGCUGAGAGUCAGGGACAUGACGGAGGUGGUCCACAUUAAGGACCGUAAAGAGGCCAUCCAUGAGCUGAAGUACUCCCCUGACGGAGCGCACCUAGCCGUGGGCUCUAACGAUAACUCGGUGGACAUCUACGGCGUUGUGCAGCGCUACAAGAAGGUGGGCGAAUGUGUGGGCUCCAGUAGUUUCAUCACACACAUGGAUUGGUCCACUGACAGCAAGUAUCUACAGACCAAUGACGGCAACGGUCGGCGGCUCUUCUACAGGAUGCCCAGUGGUAAGGAAGUGACCAACAGGGAAGAACUGAAGCUUGUCCAGUGGUCUUCAUGGACUUGUGUCCUCGGGCCAGAGGUGAACGGAAUCUGGCCUAAAUACUCUGAUAUCAAUGACAUCAACUCUGUAGAUGCCAACUUCAAUAGUCAAGUUUUAGUUACAGCAGACGAUUAUGGAUUAGUUAAAUUAUUUCGGUACCCAUGUGUAAGAAAAGGUGCUAAGUUUAAAAAAUAUUUAGGACACUCAGCACACAUAACCAAUGUCAGAUGGUCACAUGAUUAUCAGUGGGUGAUUACUAUUGGUGGAGCCGAUCAUUCAGUGUUCCAGUGGAAGUUUGUUCCUGAAAGGAAGUCAAAAGAAACUCUUCAUAUAGCUCCUCAAGAGACGUUAGUAGACUCACACAGCGAGGAAUCUGACUCGGAUCAGUCAGACGUGCCUGAGAUGGACUCUGAAAUCGAACAGGAGACCCAACUUACUUACCGAAGACAGGUUUACAAAGAAGAUCUACCUCAGCUUAAAGAGCAGUGUAAGGAGAAGCAUCGUGCCAUGGCCAUGAAGAAAAGGGAAAGAGCUCCAGCCAGUGGAUUGAGGUUGCACUUUAUUCAUGGUUACAGAGGUUAUGACUGCAGAAGUAACCUCUUCUACACUCAGACUGGUGAGAUUGUGUAUCAUGUGGCGGCUGUGGGAGUGGUGUACAACAGACAGCAGAACACACAGCGCUUUUACCUGGGCCAUGAUGAUGAAAUCCUCUGUCUGGCCAUCCACCCCGUCAAAGACUAUGUAGCCACAGGCCAGGUGGGCCGUGAUUCUUCUAUUCACGUAUGGGAAACAGAGUUUUUAAAGCCGUUGUCUGUUCUUAAAGGAUUCCACCAGUUUGGGGUGUGUGCACUUGACUUCUCAGCGGAUGGGAAGAGGCUGGCUUCAGUGGGUCUAGAUGACAACCAUACCAUCGUCCUUUGGGACUGGAGGAAAGGAGAGAAGCUCUCCACCAUCCGGGGAAGUAAAGACAAAAUAUUUGUCAUUAAGAUCAACCCGUACAUGCCAGAUAAACUGAUAACCGCUGGAGUGAAACACAUGAAAUUUUGGCAUAGAGCAGGUGGUGGACUGAUUGGGAAAAAGGGCAGCAUGGGAAAAACUGAAACAAUGAUGUGCGCGGUAUACGGCUGGACGGAAGAAAUGGUGUUCUCAGGAACCUGCACUGGAGACAUCUGCAUCUGGAGAGACAUGUUCCUGUUGAAAACCGUCAAAGCUCAUGAUGGACCAGUUUUUAGCAUGCACGCCCUGGAGAAGGGUUUUGUGACUGGUGGAAAGGAUGGAAUAGUGGCUUUGUGGGACGACACGUUUGAGAGAUGCCUCAAGACGUAUGCCAUAAAACGAGCGGUGCUGGCCCCAGGCUCCAAAGGUUUGCUUUUAGAGGACAACCCCUCCAUUCGUGCCAUAUCCUUGGGUCAUGGGUAUAUUCUUGUAGGAACAAAGAACGGAGAGAUUCUGGAGGUGGACAAAAAUGGGCCCAUCACUCUUCUGGUUCAGGGUCACAUGGAGGGCGAGGUAUGGGGUCUUGCCACUCACCCGCAUCUGCCACUGUGUGCCACUGUGAGCGACGAUAAGACACUGCGCAUAUGGGAUCUCUCCCCCAGCCACUGCAUGCUUGCCGUACGCAAACUCAAGAAAGGUGGGCGAUGUUGCUGCUUUUCUCCAGAUGGGAAAGCUCUGGCUGUGGGCCUCAACGAUGGCAGCUUCCUCAUCGUCAACGCAGACACUCUAGAAGACCUGGUGUCAUUUCAUCACCGCAAAGACAUCAUAUCAGAAAUCCGCUUCUCUCCUGUAACAGGCAAGUAUUUGGCUGUGGCAUCAGGUGACACCUUUGUGGAUAUUUACAAUGUGAUGAGCAGCAAGAGGGUUGGUGUGUGCAAAGGCUCCAUGAACUACAUCACCCAUCUGGACUGGGACAAGAGAGGGAAGCUUUUGCAGGUCAACACAUCGGCAAAGGAGCAGCUAUUUUUCGAGGCCCCUCGUGGGAAGAAGCAAACCAUUCCUGCUACAGAGGUGGACAAGAUCGACUGGAGCACAUGGACAUGUGUGCUUGGAAGUUCCUGUGAGGGAAUUUGGCCUGUGGUCAGUGAAGUUACAGAAGUUACUUCCGCAUGUCUGAGCAAUGACAGGAAGUUGCUAGCGACUGGGGACGACCUUGGAUAUGUCAAGCUCUUCAAAUAUCCAGUCAAGGGAAAAUAUGCAAAGUUUAAGCGGUACAUGGCCCACAGUACCCAUGUGACUAAUGUGCGUUGGUCGCAUGACGACUCUUUGCUGGCGUCGGUCGGUGGCUCUGACACCUGUCUGAUGAUCUGGAGCCAUGAGACCGAGGGCUGCCGAGAGGCCAGACAGUGUGACAGCGAGGAGUCAGACAUCGAGAGCGAAGAUGAUGGAGGGUAUGACAGCGAUGUCACUCGGGAGAACGAGAUCAUCUAUGUAAUCAAGGCCUUAUCCACAAACGUGCGACCCAUGACGGGGGUCAAACCCCACUUACAACAGAAGGAGCCGUCGGUAGACGAAAGACCCCCAGUGAGCAGGGCACCACCAAUGCCAGAGAAACUACAGACCAACAAUGUUGGCAAGAAAAAGAGACCCAUUGAGGACCUGGUGCUUGAACUGGUGUUUGGUUACCGAGGCAACGACUGCCGUAACAAUGUGCAUUACCUUAAUGAGGGGGCGGACAUCAUUUACCACACUGCCUCAGUAGGGGUCGUUCUAAACUUAACAACAGCCUGUCAGAGUUUCUAUUUGGAACACAGUGAUGACAUUCUGUGCCUGACUAUUAAUCAGCACCCAAAGUUCCCCAACGUGGUGGCAACUGGCCAAGUAGGUGAUGCUGGUGACAUGUCAGCCACAUCUCCUUCAAUCCAUGUGUGGGAAGCCAUGAACAAACAGACCCUCUCUGUGUUGCGCUGCCAUCAUUCUAGGGGCGUUUGCUCUGUAAGCUUCAGUGCCACCGGCAAACUGUUGCUUUCUGUGGGUCUGGACCCCCAGCACACACUCACCAUCUGGAAGUGGCAGGAAGGUGCCAAAGUAGCAAGUCGGGCCGGUCACACCCAGAGGAUCUUUGUGGCAGAGUUCCGGCCUGAUUCGGACACUCAGUUUGUGUCAGUGGGGAUAAAACACGUGCGGUUCUGGACGCUGGCUGGCAGGGCUCUGCUCAGUAAGAAAGGAGUGCUCAGCUCCAUUGAGGAUGCCCGUAUGCAGACCAUGCUCUCAGUGGCAUUUGGAGCUAAUAACUUGACAUUUACAGGUACCAUUAGUGGAGAUGUGUGUGUAUGGAAGGAACACAUUCUAGUGAGAAUCGUGGCUAAGGCUCACACUGGACCUGUAUUCACCAUGUACACCACAUUACGUGACGGGCUCAUUGUCACAGGAGGCAAAGAACGACCGUCUAAGGAGGGUGGUGCGCUCAAACUGUGGGAUCAGGAGUUGAAGAGAUGCAGAGCCUUCAGACUGGAGACGGGCCAGAUCAUAGACUGUGUGCGCUCUGUCUGCAGGGGCAAGGGGAAGAUUCUCGUAGGUACUCGGAAUGCUGAGAUCAUUGAGGUUGGUGAGAAGAACGCAGCCUGUAACAUUCUGGUGAACGGUCACAUGGAUGGUCCUAUCUGGGGACUGGGAGCUCACCCCACCCGAGACGUCUUCCUGUCUGCUGCUGAGGACGGCACUGUGCGCCUCUGGGACAUUUCAGAGAGGAAGAUGCUGAAUAAAGUGAACCUCGGUCAUCCUGCACGCGCGGUCAGCUACAGCCCAGAGGGUGACAUGGUGGCCAUCGGCAUGAAGAAUGGAGAGUUCAUCAUCCUCCUUGUUACCUCACUAAAGAUCUGGGGGAAGAAGAGAGAUCGGCGCUCUGCCAUACAAGAUAUCAGGUUCAGUCCAGACUCACGCUACUUGGCUGUGGGUUCCAGUGAGAAUGCAGUAGAUUUUUAUGACCUGACGUUAGGACCACAGCUCAACCGCAUCAACUGCUGUAGGGACAUCCCUAGCUUUGUCAUGCAGAUGGAUUUUUCUGCUGACAGCUGCUAUGUGCAGUUGUCUACUGGUGCUUAUAAACGUGUAGUCUAUGAGGUGCCUUCUGGGAAGCAAGUCACUGAGCAAGCAGUGAUAGACAGAAUAACCUGGGCCACAUGGACAAGUGUCCUCGGGGAUGAGGUGGUGGGGAUCUGGUCCAGGAACACAGAUAAGGCAGAUGUAACCUGCGCUUGUGUGUCUCACUCCGGCCUCAACAUCGUCACAGGCGAUGACUUUGGAAUGGUAAAGCUGUUCGACUUUCCGUGUCCAGAGAAAUUUGCCAAACACAAACGUUUUCUGGGCCACUCUGCCCACCUGACCAACAUCCGCUUCACCAACGGGGAUCGCUUUGUCGUCAGCGCUGGAGGCGAUGAUAGAAGCCUGUUUGUAUGGCGGUGUGUUCACGCUCCUCACUGAGGGCAUCCAGUCUCCUCUCCUCUGCCUCAAAACCAUCACAAGCCCAGGUGACAGCACGAGUGGACCGUCUCGUGGAAUGAGGAACAUCAGACGGUGGAUUUCAGAGUCUUCACCACCCGUCUGCUCCGUGACCGGAUGCAUGCGUCUUAAUGAGCCGUCACCCAUACCUGAACUUAACUGUUUCUGAAUGAUAAUUGGGUCUAGGUGUCACAUGACUCAACGUACAGUAAAAGAUCUAUCAGAUGUGUGUGUUUACCGCCCUUUUGUUUUGUUUUUAAAAAAAGAAAAAAAAAGAAGCAAAUCCUGAGCUACAAGUUGCAGAACAUAAUUGAUUUUGGAGUCGGUCUGUAUCAGUUUUUUUUUAUUUUCUUCCAAAUGAAAAAGAACUUGUAGCAAGCUAUGUACGACUAGCCUUAAACUACCCUUUUUUUUUCAUUUUGGUGUGUUUUUCUUUUGGAGAGUCUUGUUUUAUAUUAUAACCUGAUUGUUUUCUGUUGGUUUGAUUUGGUGGUUCUUUUUGAGGUUUAUUAGAUCUCCUGUGGCCUUCUCCCUGAAUGUAACACUGGCGUUAUAUUCUAGGAUGUCAGCAUGCCAAAGCAUUCUAUGCACUGUAUACUUGACCUGCUCACUGUGGUAGUCCAGUGGUCUGUUAAUGUCGAUCUUGAACGUGAUCUCCCUAAACCGUAGAUGACACUCCUAACCUCAUAUGUAGCAACUUUAGCUCGAUUAGUGAACUUGAGAUGUCCGUUUGUGCGUCUGUGCAAGUAGGUAUGAACCGUAUGCUUUGUUUCAUGUCUGAGAUCGAAGUUUAAAAGAAAAAAUGGUAAUGCAGUCCCUCAGAAAAUGAAUGAAAAGAGUUUGUUUCAAUGCUGUCUUAUCUGAAAUCACUGUUCAUCUUGCUGCUGAAGCCUUUACAACAUCACAUUCAUUCUGAUUAGGAAUUUUUUUAGUAGUGUUUUUAUUUUCAUUUGAUUUUACUCAGCUGGAUUGUCGAGACUCGGAGUGAACUGAUGAUAUGAAAUGCAACGUUCUCUCCUUAAGUAUCAUUCUGAUUGCAAGAGAUGUGCUUAAUUCAUAUUUGAUUUUCUUGUUAUCAAUGUAAAUAUCAUUUGUAAAGACAUUCUUUUGUAUAUUUUUGUGAAAUGUUUCUUAAAAGCCAAAUUUAAUAAAAAACAUGUACAUAUAGAUAUGACA